UUUCUCAUCGAUCCGUAGCAUUUCAAUGGUUUUCCCAUCACUUCCUCAUUACCUGUGCACGUCUUCUUUCUCUGAUACGAACAUGAGAAACUCUUCAUCUCAGAGACAGAGAGAGACAGGAGCUGAGCAAACUACUGCUGUGGUAAGCUCAAAUGCGGGGACUUCAUCAGGAAGCAACUAUCAAGUGUUUUUGAGUUUUAGAGGAUCCGACACUCGUGAGGGAUUCACCAACUCUCUCUACCAUGGCUUGGAUGAUGCUGGAAUAUGUGUCUUUUUAGACGACGAAGAGCUCUCUGUUGGUGCAAGGAUCGAUGGAUCGCUAGAGCGAGCAAUCAACAACUCCAAGAUCUACAUACCCGUCUUCUCUCAAAACUAUGCUUCCAGCCAAUGAUGCCUCCGCGAGUUAAAGCAGAUUGUGGAAAACACCUUCAAUUCCGAAGGUAAAAAAGAGAUUCUACCGAUUUUCUUAGAUGUGAUACCCGACGAUGUUAAGCUGAAAACUCCGCUAUACCGUGAUGCCAUACAAAAAUUGAAGCACGAGAAGAGGUUGAGCAAUGAGCAAGUAAAUGAGUGGAGAAACACUCUCAUGAAGGUUGAUGAGAUAAAGGGGUUGGAAGCAAAGAAGUACAAAGGCCAUGGCGAAUUGAUCAAGUUGGUAGUUGAGGAGGUUGUGAAAAAGCUGAAGAAAAAACAUAGAUCAGUGCCCGAACAUUUAGUCAGGAUUGAUGAUCGAGUUUCAGCGGUGAGGGACUUGUUAGACAUUGACUUUGGUGAUGUGCGGUUCAUUCGAAUUCAUGGCAUGGGGGGCAUCGGUAAAACGACUCUCGCCAAGGUCGUCUUUAAUGAAAUCUCUUCUCAUUUUGGAAAGUGUUGUUGUUUCCUUGAUGAUAUUCAAGAGAAGUCAUCAAGAAUUGAUGACUUAGUUGAGCUGCAAAAAAAGUUAUUAUCCGAAAUCGGCACUCAUGCAGGGACAAAGAGCAUUGACGAAAUUGAUGAUGGAAUGAAUAGGAUUGGAGAAGUACUUUGCAAGAAGAAAGUUCUCAUUGUACUGGAUAAUGUUGAUAACGGCAAACAAAUGGAGAAAUUAAUUGGACGGGGUACUUUGUGUUCGGGAUCUAGAAUAUUGAUUACAACUAGAAAUAAAAUUGAUUUGCGAACAAAAUAUCAAAUUUUCAAUUAUGAAAUGGGGGUGAUGAGCGAUGAUCCUGCACUUGAGCUCUUUAGUUGGCAUGCAUUCAAUAGAGACUCUCCUUCACAUGCCUAUGAUGAUCUUUCAAGGGAAAUUGUAUCUGCAACUAGGAGACUUCCGUUGGCUCUCGAAAUAAUUGGUUCGUUUCUCUACGGCAACAAAUCGCAAAAACUAUGGAAAGAGACAUUGAAGAAGUUAAAAAAAGCACCCGAUGAGAAUGUUUUUAGAAAGUUAAAGGUUAGCUAUGAUGCCUUAACUUUCGAGCAACAACAAAUUUUUCUCGAUAUUGCAUGCUUUUUUGUUGGUGAGGAUAUGAGGAGUGCACUUUACGUGUGGAAAGAUUGUGAGUUUUAUCCUCAUUCUGGAGUUCGUGUCCUCAUUAAUAUGUCUUUGGUAAAGAUUGUGAAGAACAAUAAGUUUUGGAUGCAUGAUCAGCUUAGAGAUCUUGGAAGGGAAAUUGUUCAUCAAGAAAAUCGAACGAAUCAUGGAGAGCAGAGUCGGAUAUGGAAUUGCGAGGCGAUCCUUGACACAAUAGGAACAGAGGAGAUGAAGAAGAAUGCUGUAGCACUGGAUCUUGAUGUACGCAAAAGUUAUCCUGAGGUCGUUGUUAGAAGUGAAGAUAUUGGAAGAUUCAAAUGUCUAAAGUACCUCAAAUUAUAUGGGGGAACCUUCACCGGUGACUUGGCUAAUAGUCUUACCAAUUUAAGUUGGAUUUUAUGGAAUCAUCCUCAUCCAAUGUCUAACCCAACCAACAUGCACUUAAAGAAUGUGGUCGUUCUUCAAUUUUCUGACAAUAACUCCAUAGAUGAUUCGCAACUACAAAGCUUAAUCACGAUGGCAAGAAAAUUGAAAGUUCUUUCUCUUAAUGGUUGUAAUAAAAUAACUAGAACACCAGAUUUCUCUAAAUGCCUGAAUUUAGAGAGCCUUAAUGUCAACAGCUGUUCCAAUUUGAGGGAAAUUGAUGGCUCUAUUGGGAAGUUGAAGUGUCUAAUUGACAUUAAGAUUGUUUAUUGCCCUCAUCUUAAAUUUUUGCCUGAAGAAAUCGGGUACCUUGUGAAACUGGAGGAAUUCACUAUACAGCGGUGUGAUGGAGUGAAGAGCAUCCCAAAAUCCAUAUGGAAAUUGAAAUCAUUACGUGAGGUUCACUUUUCAGCUGGCCGGGGUUCUUAUUCAGCAGAUUCAUGAAGUUACUUAGUAAUAUUGGAAUGCUUCACAAGCUGGAAGCGCUUCAAGUCAAUGCUUACUAUUCAAAAGGUCAACUUCCUUAUGAAAUUAGAGGUUUGCCCUUUCUAAAAUAUCUAACUCUAUCAGGUACUGAUGUUAAUGAAGUUUCAAAGAGUGUUGGCAAGCUACCUCGCCUGCAAAGAUUGGAAUUGAUGGCAUGUCAUAAGAUUCUAGAGUUGCUAGCACUCCCAACAAGUUUAAAUCUGAAUUGUUGCAUGUUGUCCUAGAUCUCUCGAACUUGAUUAAUUUGGCUGAGUUGGAUCUAGAUGAUAGUGGAGGAAAAAGAGGUGAAAUUGUACCAGUGAUUUAUGGUGGAUUGGGAGACUAUCCAAUCCGACUAAAUUGAACUUGAGACUUUGCAAUGUCAAGCUGCCCUUCCUCUCAGACCUUUCAGCAACUUUCCUUGUCUUUGCAAAAGCUAGGUCUUGAUGAUUUCCAUUUAAUAGAGUCACUAUCUAAACCAGGAGAAAUUUUGUCACAUUCAGAGCUCUCUAGAUCUCCAGUGCAUGCAUAUGAACUCAGAUGGGCUUCUACUUCCACAUCUCAAGUAGUUGCUUGUGCAAAACUGUGAACGCCUCCACGGAUUCAGGCUAUCAAGCAUGGGGGAAGCUGAAAGAUAAUCUCGCUGAGCUUUUGCCCGUACUUAGAUGGGAUCGAGUUUCUUUGGGUGUUCGAAUUACUGGGGGCAUCGUCUAUCAUAUCUUGUCAGUCCUUGAGAAGGCCAGUUCAUGUGGGGAAAGCAGGGCACGGGAGCAGUGAGUCUGCUAAUGACUUGAUUACUUGUGAAGCGAGACUAAUCCUUCCAUUGAGUGCCUUUAAAUAAGUGACAAAGUUUUGUGCUGUCAUCUUGUGGGCAAAUACACGAGAUUCAAGUUGUCGAACAAUGGAAUCGUGGGAAAACUUCGAGGUUUGGGAUUGUCGUAAACUGCGAAGUCUUCAUUGUUUACAAAAUAUAAAAAAUCUCAAGUCCUUUUCCAUCAAAUCAUGAAAUUGUCUUAGGAAUGUCGAGGGCCUUGACGAGCUGGAGUUUUUGGAUUACCUACUAGUUGCGGCCUGUGGAUCGUUAGAUUGGUUGAUUGGUGAUGUAUCAAGCGCCAAAUUUCUAAAUGAUCGCCACAUAUUUAUCUUCGGUUGCAGGGAAAGACUUUCGGGGGUUCCGCUAGUCUUUACAAGCACCAAAAGGAACAGGAAAGCGACUUCAAAGAGGAACAGGAAUCGAAUCAGAGGAGAGGCUGGGGAGAGUGUCAUUCCAUCGCCCGAGCUUCAAUAGUUUUCUCCACUGCGUCCUCCCCGUUUUUUUUCCGUUUGAUUAUAAGUGACUUCAAAUAGGAAUCAAAGCAGAGGAGAGGGCUGAGGAGGGUGUCGUUCCAGUGCCUGAGCUUCAACAUAAUGUGAUGUUGGUUGUGGUAAAGAUGGCAAUCUAGAACUGGAGAGGACUUUCGCCAUCAAGUCAGAACGACAGUUGGCAGAAAGCAGAGCUGGAGCGUAUCAGAAGCACUCGAAUAGCUAUCACCGUUGGCCGGGAAUAAAGGCCACCUUGUCGGUAAUGUAUUCGUAACCUAUUGUUUUGCCUACAGGGCAUUUGUUUCGUUAAUUAGUAUUUGCUUUUGAGUUCUGCUUUGGGUUUCAACCAAUAUGCACUUGAAGAAUGUGGCCCGUUCAUCAAUUUUCAGAUGACUUCAUAGAUGAUUUGAAACUCUGGAGCUUAAUCAAGGCGUGUCAUGUUUUUUAUUAUUCUAAUUAACAGAUAUGUGAUUGUGCAUCUUAUGAGUG